CAGCUGUGAAAAUCAAAUCUGAUGUAAAUAAAGUGUUGAUGUACGUGUGCCGCUGUUUGAUUGAUUGAGAAUUUGAGAUGAUUUUUUUGAUUAUUUUGGCCACAUUCGUAUUUAUACUGGGAAACAAUGCCACUUUAGAAAACAGUUAUGAGGAUACAGUCACUGUACUUGUGGAUACAGAUCGUUUAAACAAGAAUUAUGUAAAAGUGUUGAGACCACCAAAAAUACUGGCUGACACCUGGAUAGAGGUUGAAUACAGGUGUUCAGAGGAUGCCACAAUCGGCAUCGAACUUGUCGCCACUUCAGACUUUCAAACUGACGCCAUUAUAUAUCACAAGCACUUUUUUUGUAAACAUAAAUUUGGUGGAGCCCGAAGGAAACUAAUAAGUCUAUCCCCAGCAGACAGUGUUCUUUAUCGGAGAGAUUAUCUACUAAAACAAUCUCAUAAUAUUUAUAAAUUGGAAUUACGUGGCUGGUUGUUAAAUACAGAGACACUGGGUUUAAUCGUUAGAAAGAAUUAUUUUGUGCAUUCAAAAGUAAGCGUUGUGUAUCCUUUAGAGAUCCUGUCCCCAUAUUCAAGACCGAGGCGGAGUGUGCACCAAAUUUCAUCUGUUUGUUUGACAUGGUUAUCACGAAUGUUGAUAUCACACUUAAAAGAUAGUCAUUUUUUAGAACAAUGUAAAAUUGAGCCAGAAGUUGUAGAUUUGGUUAAAUUUCCUGUGGCUUUAACCGGGUCAUUUGCUGGAAUUAGUAAGGACGUUCCUCCGUUUUCUGAUCCUCUUCUUCGCCAUCAAGUACACCUUUCAAAAACAAGUCCAAGGUUUACAUUUGUGGUAUACGUCUAUAUGCAAGAACACUGUGAACAACAGCUUUGUAGUAUUAUACAGAGGAAGACACACUACACAAAUGCUUAUACCACACCUUUAUUAUUUGUUAACAGAGAAGGUAAACUUCAUGUCCAAGUUGUGCUGGAAAAUAACAAAGCAAACAGCAUGCUGACCAUGGCCAAGAUACCCAUUGGUCAGUGGGUUAGGAUUGUGUAUGUCCAAAACAGGCGAAAGUGGACAAUGACAUUUAACUAUGGUGAGAAUUUUGAGCUGAUGACCCAAACAGGUGCAACUUUUCCAAGGAGGAUCAUAUAUGACGAUCAAGAUUCUCUGAUUCACAUUGGAGGCAGCAAAACCUGUGUGUCUUUCAAAGGAUAUGCGGCACAUGCUAAACUCUAUCGGCUGAGGGCGCUACAGGCAGAGAAGAUCAAGUUUGUUGAAGAAGUUGAGCUCAUGAGAGGUAUCAAGUUGUAUGAUGACAAAUGUCAGAGAUUCAGGAAGAAGAUGAACGGUGUAGUGGAUGACUAUCAGCAAAUGAUGCAAUACUACAUUGACCACAAAUCUACAAGAAGGUAUGUGUACAGUGUAAGGACCUACCAAGAGAAGCCAUCCAAACCAUAUUGUAAAGUCUGGUCCUACAAACCUAGUUCAAAAUACUCGCUGGUUAGUGGUAUCCUAAAGCGUUUUGUUUUUGACAAACCAUGUGACUAUGGAGCCGAUCAGAGCAGAUGUGUGUAUGAUAAGAUGUAUGAUGGUAAAGAGAUUGGAAAACUAUUGUUUGAGAAGGCUACAAAAGUAUUGAAAAACCACAUAAGCGAUAUAUCUCAAAUGGUAUUGCCACUACAGCAGUCUAGUUGCUAUGGAUACCACCGUGCAACACAUAUGGUGGCCAUUAUGUAUUCAGAAGGAAUUGGAGCAAGAAUGGAUACAACAAAGUCGUUGAUUCUUGAACUUGCUGGUGCACAGGGCAAAGGUCGACUGUCAGCAAUGGCUCUCGGUUCCCAGCAUUUCUAUGGUCAACAUGGAUUGCCACUGGAUUAUGAUUAUGCAUUCUAUUACUAUGAAUUGGUCGCCAAGGAAACAAGUGCAGAUCGGGAAAAGCAUGAUCCAGGUUCGUUAUUUACUGAGCAUGUGCGGUUGACAGACACAGCAGCGUUGAAGACUCAAUCAGGGGAGAAGGGUGAUUACUUCUUGUGGCUUAAGUACCAGGCUAAGCAUGGCAUUGCUGAUGCACAGGGUCAACUUGCUCGUAUCCUGUUCUGGGGUCAACAUGGUGUAGAGCGUGACAUAGCAGCUGCAGUAGAGUAUUAUCGGCUGUUUGCUGAGAAUAGUCCGUUGAACCCUAUUGCUCAGUUUGAUUACGGUAUUCUAUUGAUGAAGUCGAAUGUUGCAAGGAUGCUUUUCUGGGGAGCGCAAGGUGUGCAGCGUAACAUGGAGGCAGCUGUACGCUAUUACGAGAUGGGGGCAGCAGAGCACCCUGAAAAUCCAAUAGCUCUGUUUGACUACGGCAUAAUACUGUUACGGGGGCAAGGUGUGGAGAAAAACUAUGAGAAAGCAUUGGAACAGUUGGAGGCAGCAGCAGACCUAGGCCACUCCCCCGCCAUUACUGCCUUAGGGUGGUACUACUUGAACGUUGUGCAUGACAUCCCAACGGCCAUCAAAUACUUUGAGAAGGCUGAUGCUAUGAAUGACAAGAAUGCAGCAUAUAACUUGGGCUUCCUGUACCUGCAUGGCAGAUACCCUGGCCAUCCUGUUGAUAGGGCCAAAGCCUUAGACUACCAUUUAAAAGCUGCUCGAGCAGGGCAUAUAGACUCUUCCAUCAUCUUAGCUCACAUUUACAACGAGGGACAUGAAACCAUGCAGAGGAGCAACUACCUAGCUAUGAUGUGGGCACAGUAUGUUGCAUUCCUCAACCCUGAACUUGGAAUUGUUUUAAGGAAAGGGCUUGAUGGUUACUUUGAAGGAGAUUGGUCGGCAGCAUUCAUCUAUUACAUUAUGGCUGCUGAAACAGGAGUAAAAGUUGCUCAAUUCAAUAUGGCCUAUCUGUGCGAUGAGAACUUUGAUGGCUUAGCCAGUAGCUUUAUUAAGAAUGAAUGUACUUGGAAGUAUUACAACCUGUCAAGUAUUGGUGAAUGGGCUUAUACAGAAUCUCAAAUCAAGAUGGGUGAUUAUCAUUGGUAUGGUUGCUUAGGUAAACAAGACAUUCCAGCCGCUGUAGAGAUGUAUUCCAGAGCUGCUGCUGCAAAUGAGCCACAGGCUUUGUUCAAUUUAGCUUACCUUGUUGAAGAAGGAGUGAAGAUUGACGACACUACUUGGACUAAGCUACAAAUCAACAUUCCACCUAGCAAUCAAACUGGGAUACUGAUGGAACUCUAUCAAAGGUGCAGAGAUAGUGGACGAGAUGAGUCAUACUUGCCAUGUGGGCUCGCCCUACUCAGGAUUCAAUUAAUAGAUAUGUACUCCAAGUACAACACUCUAAUGAAGUUGUCAAGUGUAUUUGGUAUUACAGCUGCUUUGGUUGUUACAUUGAUGUCACUUAUACAACAUUUAAAAAACCGUCAGCAAAUUAUUGAAAGUGUAUGAUGCCUCUGAUUGGACAAUCCUCUCUUCAAGUUAUCAUGUGAGGUAUUUGAUUUGACAAGCUACUUCCAGCUAUUAUCUAACAAGAAAUUUAUGGCAUUUGAUUGGACAAUCUAUUUCAAACUGUCAUGUGGCAUGUAUUUGAGCUCCAAGCUAACAUGUGAUCAGUAUUUGCCUUCAUUAAUUGGACAACUAUGUAGUCUUCCUGGACAAUGUCUUCCAGUUUUCAUAAAAAUGAUUUAUUAUUAUUUGAAUUUACUCAUAUAACUUGUACUUCUUCAUCCUUUUGUUUUCUUGUUAUUUUAUGCUUUAAUUUGUCAUGAGAUAUAUUGUUUUUUUUUUUAUUUGAAUUUUGUCAUCAAAAUAAUUGUAGCAAUAUUAUGGUGUUACUUUGAUCUCUUCUUUGAUUUGAUUAAGCAAGUAUUGUUUGACACUAAUUCUGGAACCACUGUUAUAAGAAAACACAGAGAAUAAUUUGUUCUACAUUUUAUCCUUGAUUAUAUUUAUAUUGUUUAUAUUUCAAAGAAAUGUUUUCCUUAUAUUUUCUUUUGUAUACAAAGAAAGGGUUUUAUUGGAAUUCUAAGUAAAUCACUUUAUAUAAUGUUUAAAUCCAAUAUUUGUUCCGAGACAUCAGUAUUUCUAUUAUUUCUGAUAUGCGAUGUUACUUCAAUUCCUACCCAUGUGCAAUAAUUAAAAAUAUUUAAUAAAUUUGUUCAAUUGUUAAAGUUUCACUUUCACCACUAAUAUGUACUUAAACUUUGAUUCUAUGUAUUUUUUAGUAUUAUGGUUUUUUUUACUACAAGCACACUCAAUAAAUUCCAAUUUAUCUAUGUGCCCCACAUCAAAUCGGCCCCACUUCAACUUUUGCCCAUGACAACUUGGCUCAUGACAACUCGUUCCCAACCAACUGAACCCCAGCAAAGUCGAUCCAACGUUAACUCAGCUUAUUGCCAACUCAGACUAAAAUUAACUCAGCCCCAGAAACACUACCCCAGUCAACUCAGUCCAGAUCAACUCUGCUUCUUGCCAACUCAGAUUAAAAUUUACCUGGUCCCAGAAACAUGCUUCGCAUAUCAAUACAGUAUUUAUUAAUAUUAUAAAAGAAAGUUGGUACUGGUGUCUGAUUUAACGUUGGGCCAACUUAAGGUGUGUGUGUGGGGCGGUGGAACGAGUAAACGUGAGACCGGUUUGUAUCAAAUUCAUUAAUUUUGGCAGUGGUUGUGCAUUAGCAUAUUAUCCAAUCAUGACUUUGUGUUCACAUACUGUACUUGUAUUAUUAAUUAAGAAACCAGAAUAAUUUGAGUGGCGAUUAUAGAGAAUUGUGGGACCAGGCAAUAAUUUAAUAUCCUUGAUUUUUUUAAUAGUAUUAUUUUAAUACAUUCAUUUGUUGCCUUUUAUUUAUUAUUAAUAAUAUGCUACAUUGUUUUCAUUUGUAUAUUAUUCUUAUUAUUAUAAUUGUAAUUAUUAUACCGUGUUUAUUCGAAUAAACGCCCAGGGCGUUUAUUGUUGAAAAGUGUUUUUAAGAGGCAUUUAUUCGAUAUGUAUAUACUCAAAUAAACGCCCCUUAAUUUCACUUUAAAUGUGAAACUGUAACACAUAAUUCCCGUCAAAAUAAUGUGUUAUUGCAUGAUCAUAAAGACUUAAUACUCCCAACCAGGUUAGAAAAAAAAAGUAAUUCUACUAGAGUAGAACAUUAAUAUAAUGUGUUGGGAAUGAUUUUGCUUCCGUUAGAUUUGUUUACAGUAUUUAGGGGGGCGUUUAUUCGAGGGAGGCUUUUUUUUUCAAAUGAGGCUCUAGAGGGGGAGUUUUUUUUCGAGGGGGCGUUUAUUCAAGCGGGGUAUUUAUUCGAAUAAAUGCGUUUUCAAUAUAGUUUUCAGAUUAUCAUCGUCGAUUUUUUUUUAAAUUUUUUUUGUUGUUGAAGCGUUACAAAGCAAUAAAAGUAUUUGAUUAUUCCAAGCUUUUACCUCACCUGCCACCUGUCUUUCACCUAAUUUAUUGUUAUAUGAUUUUAAGAUUGGCUGUUAUAUAAUAUAUAGUGGAUAUAAGAUAUUUUAAUAAAUCUGAUUAUUUUGACUUGAA